AACACUGCGGACACCCCUUUCCUCGGCUAUCCCUCCCCGUGGGCCGUCGAUGCCGAACAAGCCGGACCCGUCCUGGGCCGCCGCCUACGCCAAAGCCAUCGACUUUCUCUCCAGCCUCACCCUGACGGAGAAGGUCAGCCUCACGACGGGCACGACGGGAUGGCAGGCGGAUCGUUGUAUCGGCAACAUGGGGGGCGUGCCCCGCCUGGGAUUCUCGAGACUCAGGGGCGAGGCGAUCGGAGCCGAGUUCAGGGGUAAGGGAAUCGAUGUGAUGCUCGGGCCGGUGUCGGGCCCUCUGGGCAGGUCGCCGCAGGGAGGAAGGUAUUGGGAAGGGUUUGGGUUCGUCUCUCUUCGUCCCUAGGGUAUGUUGUCCGUGUUCCUGUUUUCUGACGGCUGACGGCCUCGCAGCCCCGACCCCUAUCU